AUGAUUUAAGAAAAAAUUGAUAAUGAAUUAGAUGAUGAAAUGAUCUAAAAAAUUGAGUAAGCAUUUAGAAGCUGCAUUGAAAGAAUUAGAUGGAAAAAGAAGAAGUUUGAAGAUUUAAAAGAAAAAAUGGAUGAGAAAAAUCUUAUUAUAAAUUUUUUUGAAAAAGGUAAAUAUUCUUUAAAGUCUAUUUCUAUAGGUUAGGAUGGAGAAUACAAAACGAGGAGAGGAAAUUAUCGAAUUUAGAAAGGUAAAACAAGAAAAUAUGAAUGUUAAGUUUGUAAAAAAACCUAUGAUAAAUAUCAAUAACUUGGAGGACAUUUAAGGAAAGGUCAUCCUAAAUCUGAAAUUUUAGAAUUUGGUUCGAUGAAUUAACAUGAAGAAGAAUGA